AUGACGAAGCUAUCGCAGCUGUUCGCAUCGGGCGGACUCUUACUCACCGCACUCAGCACGGCCGUCGACGCUAGCUACACCCCGAAACACGAAGCCGGUCGCUGCGCAAUUCGCGGACAUUGUGGUUCCAAGAGCUUCUUUGGCUCUCAACUACCUUGCCUCGACAAUGGCCUUGCCGAGCAGCCUGACGAUAAGCUGCGCAAACAGCUGGUAGACUUUUGCGGUCCAAAAUGGAGCGAGGGCCCAGUAUGUUGCGAUGCCGAGCAGGUCGACGCUCUCAAGUCAAACCUCCAGACCGCCAACCAGAUCAUUUCGUCGUGCCCGGCAUGCAAGGACAACUUCUUCAACAUGUUCUGCACCUUUACCUGCUCCCCCGACCAGUCGUUGUUCAUCAAUGUGACGAAAACAAUGGAAAAGGGAGGAAAGACGCUGGUGACAGAACUGGAUCAGUUAAUAUCCAAGGAGUACGGGACAGGUUUCUACGAAAGUUGCAAGGAUGUCAAGUUCGGUCCAACAAACUCGAGGGCGAUGGACUUGAUUGGAGGCGGUGCCAAAAACUACACACAACUGCUCAAGUUCCUUGGGCAAGAGAGACUGGGCGGUUCGCCAUUCCAGAUCAACUUCCCAGUCGACUACCCUGAACGUGAUAUGAAGCCACGGCCGAUGGUACCGAAAAAGUGCAAUGACGAGGACCCAAACUUCCGCUGCGCCUGUAUCGAUUGCCCUGCGGUUUGCCCCGAGCUUCCAGAUGUCGAAGAGGCGGGAUCAUGCUACGUCGGUGCUCUGCCAUGCUUGUCGUUUGCGUCUAUCUUUACCUACACCGCUCUGCUCUUCUUGGCAGCUGUUCUGGUGGUUGGAAAUGUUGCUUGGAGAAAGCAUGCUAAGCGCAGGAGCGAAAGGCUUAGGUUAUUGACAGAUGCUGCGCCGAGUGAUGAUGAGGAUGAAGGAGAUUUGACACAAAACCCCGCCAUGCUCGAUCGCCCGCAAAAGACAUACAUCAUCAACACCUGGUGCGAUGCCGCCUUCAGCAGACUAGGACACGCCGCGGCUAGGUUCCCGGCGAUUACCAUCCUCACCAGUGUUAUUGUCGUCAUGAUUCUCAGUGCUGGUUGGUUAAAGUUCGAUAUUGAACAAGACCCAGCUCGUCUGUGGGUGAGCCCAACUUCUGCUGCAGCUCAGGAGAAGGCCUUCUUCGACACUCAGUUCGGGCCUUUUUACCGGGCUGAGAAGGUUUUCCUCGUCAACGACACCAACCCCGAAGGACCUGGCCCAGUUCUCAGUUACGAGACGCUGCUCUGGUGGAUGGAGGUAGAGGAGAGCGUCAGGAAGCUCAAGGGACCGCAGUUUGACAGCUCUUUCCAGAACCUGUGCCUCAAGCCUACUGGCAGCGCUUGUGUGGUUCAGUCUGUGGCUGCAUACUUCCAGAACGAUCCGGAUCAGGUCAGUCCAGACGGCUGGAAAAAGACUCUGCGGCAGUGUGCUCAGUCGCCUGUCGAAUGCCGCCCCGAGUAUGGCCAGCCUCUCGAGCCUUCCAUGAUUUUGGGCGGUUACCCAAAGGGCUCCGAGGACCCGACAGAGGCGACUGCCAUGACGGUCACAUGGGUGCUCAACAAUCACGCCGAAGGAUCUUUUGACGCCGAGCUCGCCAUGGACUGGGAAGAGGCACUCAAACAGCGUCUUUUGUUGCUUCAAGAGGAGGCCAAGGAGCGUGGCCUUCGCCUCUCUUUCUCUACUGAGAUCAGCCUGGAACAGGAGCUCAACAAGUCUACCAACACCGACGCCAAGAUCAUUGUCAUCAGCUACAUUGCCAUGUUCCUCUAUGCGUCCGUUGCCCUCGGCUCGACAACCUUAUCCUUUAGGGAGUUCAUCAAUAACCCCUCGUUGGCAUUGGUGGAGUCCAAGUUCACUCUCGGUGUGGUCGGUAUCCUCAUCGUCCUGAUGUCCAUCACUGCGUCCAUUGGUCUCUUUUCCUGGGCAGGGCUCAAGGCCACACUGAUUAUUGUCGAUGUCAUCCCCUUCAUUGUGCUCGCCGUUGGUGUCGACAACAUCUUCUUGAUCGUUCACGAACUUGAGCGCGUCAACUUGAGCCACCCAGACGACAUGGUCGAGCAGCGGGUGUCGCGGGCACUUGGGCGGAUGGGCCCCUCGAUUCUCUUUUCUGCCAUCACCGAGACCAUCUGCUUCGCUUUGGGCGCCUUCGUUGGCAUGCCUGCCGUUCGGAACUUUGCCAUUUACGCUGCCGGCGCCGUUUUCAUCAACGCCAUCCUCCAAGUCACCAUGUUUAUUUCGGUUCUGGCGCUCAACCAGAUCCGGGCUGAAGAUUCUCGUGCCGAUUGCUUCCCGUGCAUUCAAGUCAAGUCUGCUCGAAUUCAUCUGAGCGGCAACAAUGGGAGUCCUGGGGCCAGAUAUUACGAGUCGCCGCCAGAAAGCUACCUGCAGCAGUUUAUCAGGAAGACCUAUGCACCAAGGCUGUUGGGUAAAAAGACCAAGGCCGCUGUCGUUGCCAUCUUUCUUGGCAUAUUCGCUGCCGGUGUUGCCCUGCUCCCCGAAGUUGAGCUUGGGCUAGACCAGCGUGUGGCAAUCCCCGAUGACUCGUAUCUUAUCCCAUACUUCAAUGAUCUCUAUGCCUACAUGGAAGCUGGGCCUCCUGUUUACUUUGUCACUCGAGAGUUCAACGGCACCAAGCGGUCUGAGCAGCAGAAGAUUUGUGCUCGCUACACGACUUGCGAGCAACUGUCCUUGACCAACAUCCUUGAGCAAGAGCGGAAGCGCGCCGAGGUCUCCUAUGUCUCUACUCCCACUGCCAGCUGGAUUGACGACUUCUUCCAGUGGUUGAACCCUGACAAUGAAGCUUGCUGUGUCGAUCGCCGGAAGCCCUGCUUUGCCAAGCGCAACCCUGCCUGGAACAUCACCCUCUCUGGCAUGCCCGAGGGCGAGGAGUUUACUUAUUAUCUCAAGAGAUUUCUCAGCGCGCCCACCGACGAGGACUGCCCUCUCGGUGGACAAGCUUCCUACGGAUCGGCCGUGGUGGUUGACUCGGCACGCAACACCAUCCCAGCCAGUCACUUCCGCACCAGCCAUCGCCCCCUCCGCAGCCAAGAAGACUUCAUCAAAGCCAUGGCCUCUGCCCGCCGCAUCGCCUCCGACAUCAGCGAGAGCACGGGCCUUGAUGUCUUCCCUUAUAGUCUCUUUUACAUCUUCUUUGACCAAUACGCCAGCAUCGUCGGUCUCACCACUGCCCUGCUCAGUUCCGCCGUCGGCAUCGUUUUCAUCGUCUCCAGCAUCCUCCUCGGCUCCGUCCUCACCGCCGCGGUGGUAACUCUGACAGUCAUCAUGGCCAUCGUCGACAUCAUCGGCGCCAUGGCCGUAAUGGGCGUGUCCCUCAACGCAGUCUCCCUCGUCAAUCUCAUCAUCUGCGUCGGCAUAGCCGUUGAGUUUUGCGCCCACAUCGCAAGGGCGUUCAUGUUCCCCUCCCGAAGAUAUAUGGAGCGUGCCAAGAACAGGUUCCGUGGUCGGGAUGCGCGGGCGUGGACGGCGCUGGCGAACGUGGGGGGGAGUGUCUUUUCGGGGAUCACGGUGACCAAGAUUUUGGGGGUGACGGUGCUGGCUUUUACGAGGAGCAAGAUUUUUGAGAUUUAUUACUUUAGGGUUUGGGUUGCGCUGGUUGUUUUUGCGGCGAGCCAUGCGCUGGUUUUCUUGCCGGUGGCGUUGAGCUUGGGUGGGGGGGAGGGGUGGGUUGAUCCGGAGAGUGAGGGGGGGUUGGAGGCUGAUUUGACUAGUCGGAGGUAUAGGGCUUUGAUGCCGGAGGAGGAGUCGGAUUCGGAUGCUGAUGCUUGA